AUGGCCAACCAAUCCCAACUCGGAUUUCAAGAUGCCUCCUCACCAAUCAUGGAAGAGCUCGUAGAAUUUCACGACCACGCAUUAAUGGUUGCACUUGCAAUCUGUAGCCUGGUCCUAUACCUACUGACACUUAUGCUAGCAGAAAAACUAUCCUCCAACACUGUAGAUGCACAAGAAGUAGAACUUAUCUGAACGAUCCUACCAGCCAUCGUCCUCAUCCUACUUGCCCUACCAUCCCUGCAAAUCCUAUAUAUAAUAGACGAAAUUGAUGAACCCGAUUUAACUUUAAAAGCCAUCGGACACCAAUGAUAUUGAGCUUACGAAUAUACAGACUUCAAAGACCUGACAUUCGACUCCUAUAUAAUCCCAACCACAGAGCUCCCCUCAGGACACUUUCGACUACUGGAAGUAGACCAUCGUAUUGUAAUCCCGAUGGAAUCCCCAAUUCGCAUCAUCAUCACCGCCAACGACGUACUCCACUCAUGAGCCGUCCCCUCCCUAGGGGUAAAAACUGAUGCAAUUCCAGGACGACUCAACCAAACAUCCUUCAUCACAACUCGACCAGGCGUUUUCUACGGCCAAUGCUCAGAAAUCUGUGGAGCCAAUCACAGCUACAUACCAAUCGUAGUAGAAUCAACCCCCCUAACCCAUUUCGAACACUGAUCCACACUCCUAUCAUCCUAA